CUAUGGCGUCUAGCGUGAAUCAAAGCGUUCUUUAUACUCUAUGCGAAAGCGAUAUUCCAGGCGCAUCUCUACUUGGGAGAAAACCAGAAGAACUUAAGAAUGACGAACUUAAGUUUUGGCUCAAAUGUCGAGGUGAUGUCGCAAAAGGAUUAAAAACCAAGGCUCAGUUAGUGAAGAGGGUUUACGAUUAUAUCAACUCGGGUAAAGACAAGGAAAUCUUCGAUCCAGACGAACACAAAAUCUAUUCAAGAAGAAAGCAAAGACUCGCUCACUUGCCUGAAACAGACGCCGACACCGACUGUAACCUUCAAUUUCCAUCAGWUGGUUSGGGUCAUUCUCUCGAAAAGAUGCCUGUGUUUUCAAAAGCUGAAAUGAAUGAUCAUGUAGCAAAGUCCGGCAAGAAUUUUGGAAAUAAAGAUAACCAUUCAGUACCUACAAAUUUACGAAAAGCGAAAAGAUUCCUGGACGACGAGUACUUGCAAGAAAUCGAGAGUACAAGCAACGAUAAAUACUUCUUCUUUCGGGCUAAAUGUUCUCAUAGCUUUAGAAAGAACGAUCCUCCACAUACAUUGAAGAUUGGACUCUGUAUUAUCUCGGGAAAAGUCAUCAAAUGUGUUUGCUCCUGUGUGGCGGGAAGAGUUGGCUUUUGUAACCAUGUACUUGCAUUAAUGUUCAAAAUAUGCAAAUUUUAUAUGAAUGAUUGUCAGUCGACUWUGGAUUUAAGUCUAGAAGAUGAUCAGCAGCCUAUCACCUCCUCAACUUCAUUGKUACAGAAGUGGCAUAAAAAAGGAGGUGGUUCUAACAUUGCACCUGAACCUGUUCUUGAAGUACUAGUCAAGAAGACUAAAAUGGACGGGGAUGUAUCAAAGUCAUGUGGGAAGCCAUUAUUAUAUGAAGCAAGGGCUGAACCAAGCCAUUCUGAUGCAGCUGAGAGGACUUUGAAAGAGGAUUUUUCAAAAAUAAAUCCAAAUUGUGGCUUUGCUCACAUGUUCCGUGACAAUCUUGAUACAAAUGGAGCUCAAGAAACCAAGUUUGGAMGUUUYAAAGCUGGAUCAACACUUGUACAUCAACUUGGAUUCACAGAAGCCAACUUUGAAGCAGCUGCUGACAUAAGAUCAAUUCCAAGAGCAUUGGUUGCUACUAAUGUAGUAACAUAUCCAGCAUUUACAAAAAGUCAAAUUGAAAUGGUUGUUCCCCAUGACUUAACUUUAAAUGAACAAUGUGUGUUAAACAAAGUAAAGAUCAGUGAAGCAGAGAUUGAUCAACUAGAAAAAGAGACAAGACAACAGGCAAACACGACUCGCUGGAAAGAUUAACGCAAAUUUAGAUUUACAGCAUCUAAUUUCCAUCUGAUUUCAAAGCGUCAAAGAAACCACGACACGCUUGCUUCCAAUCUAAUCCAUCCCAAAGAUGUUAACACAAGGAACUUUGAACAUGGAAAAAAGUAUGAGCCUAUAGCACUUAAURCAUAUGAAAA